CGGAAAGUCACCUUUCUACUCCACUCCACACGAAACAAACCCCUCCAUUUUUUUAAGGAUCCUACCUCACUAUAUAUCUCACAUGCUUUCCUUUCAUUUUCUCACUCAAACUGCCUCUCCCUUCACCUGCUCUCUCUCUCACAUACACAUAUUCACAGUUCCAUGCAGUUAUCUUUAUAGCUUUCUCUAACAACUUCGCUUUUGGUCUUCAACCACCUGAUUUAUACACCCUUUACAAUAAAAUGGGCAAUUGUGUUGUUCUCUAUAAACCCAGUUCAGGGUUUUGCAUCAUGCCAAAAAAGGUUAAGAUUGUCAGGGUAGCUAAACCAGAUGGGAAGAUACUAGAGUUUGGCCCCCCAAUUCAUGUCAAAGAUAUCUUGACAAACUAUCCAGCUUAUGGUGUUGGAGUUUCAAAGAAAAUCACAGAACCUCUUUCACCUGAUCAUGAAUUGAAGUCGGGGAGAUUGUACUACUUGCUUCCUUCUUUGCGUUCCCCGUCAAAUCUUGCAUCUUUAAGGAACUCUGAGACAGAUGGUGGGAUAAAGAGGAUCAAAGUUAUCAUAACGAAGCAGCAACUUGAGCGGUUGGUGAACAAACAGAUCUCCGUAGAGGAUAUUCUAUCAGAGGUUCAAACGGUUGGUGUUAAGUUUCUGAACAAUCGGAAGUCCAAAUUGGACUCUAUUCCCGAAGAGAAUGAGUAACAUACAACAUAGAAAUCCUAUCUAUUUCUCUUAAUUUUCUGGCUGUUUCACCUUUCAUUUCCUUUCUUCCCUCGUUAUAGUACCUUCUUUGGCCGUUGUUGUAAUGCUUUAUGCUUAACUCUUUCUUUUUUUAAGGAAGUUUGGUUGUAAAAACUGAUAGAAAUAUGUAAAGGCAGACAGAGAACCUAGCAUAGAAAAAUAUUUACGGGCAGUUUCUGAA